AUGUUCAUUAAUUUAGAAAAGGAUUUAAAAUGCUUAUAAAAAAAGAGUUAGGAAUACCAAGAGAUCACAUAAAAAUAUCUAGUAGCGGAUUCUGGAGUGAGAGUAAUGAAUGAUGCAUUUAAAUAAAUCUUGAAUAAGAAAAAAAGUAAUUUACAAUUGAUAUAAUUCAGGCAAAUAAUUUUUUUGUAAGAAUUGUCCAAAAAAGUUUCUAUCUUUUCCUGCAUUGAAAGAGCAUGCAAAAAAGAAUCAUGGAUUUUAACCACUUCAAAAUGGGGAAGCAAGAAAGAGAGGAAGACCCAGGAGAGAUGUAAUAAAGCCAAGUGAUUAAUUUAUUGAAUGGGAGAAAAAUUAAGGAUAAUAAUAACCAAAACCUAAGAGACCAUCAUCUCUAAUUACAUUAAGAUUAGAAUCAAUUAAGGAAAUGGGUUUUGGUGGAUUUUUGCGUGUAUAUACUAAUAGUAAGAUUAGGCACCUAAUUUAUAAUCAUAUCCAUCAAUAAAGGAUUCCAUAACAAGUUUAAUAAAUAAAUUAGAGCCAUAAUUAGAGGAGAAUUAUAUUUUGAUUGGACUUGAGGAAAUGAAUAAAUAUUAUGAGGAGGAUUAAGAAUUUUAUUUGGAGAAGAAUUAUAAUGUUAGUUAGUUAUUGGUUUCAUUUUUAAUAAAUUUAACAAUGUAAGUAAAUGAUGAAUUACUGAGAGUAUUCAUCACUUUUACAAAAGCAAUAUAUUUUUUCAUUGAUAAUUUUGCUAGAGAUAUUUUAUUUAAGUAAUUGUCUCCAGAAGAAUAUGGUGUAAUUUGAUUAUAUAUAAGUAGUUGAUUCCACCAAUAUGUCCUAAUAAGAAAUUUCAUGAAUUAAUGACAAUAUAGACAUUCCCAUUAAUAUUAAAUGAUUUCUUAGAAUUUUUACCAAAUUUUUAAGAAGCAUUUCCAUUGCCAUUUGCAGCAAGAAUAUUAAAAGAAAUUUGUGAUUGGAGCACAGCAGAAUGUAAUGGAUUUAAAGUGUAUUUUAAUCUUUGA